UCUUUGUUCAGAUAUUACAGAAAAAAAAUCCUUUCUUACCUCCCAAUUCGUUCUAUAGUUAUUGCUUCCUCUGUAUGCAAAAACUGGAAUUCAAUAAUCACCUCUUCUUCUUUCACAACCAGAAUCUCAGCUACAAAAAAAUCAUGGCUUUUUCUCUGUGGCCAAAACAAUAUUUUUAUCAAAAAUAACCAACCUUUUGCUUUUGACCCUGAUGCAAAUAAAUGGAUUACACUUCCUACUUCAACCCUUUUAUCCCAAGAUUUCUUUAUUGGUUCAAAUGGUUUUUUCUUUGCUACUUCUCAAAAUUUCAGCUUUAAGCCAACUCUCAAUGGCUCUUGGGUUCAAACUAGUCCUUUAAAAUUCUCUAGGUGUAAUCCUCUUGUUGAUGUUUAUUACAAAAAUGGGUUAAAUCAUGAACCAAGAUUUAUUGUUGUAGGUGGUGUUAGAUUUGUUGGUGGAUUAGUUGAAAUUGAGGACCGUUUGGCUGUGGAAAUUUAUAAUCCAAAUUUGGAUUUUUGGGAACUUUGUCCACCUUUACCAGCUGAUUUUAGGUCAGGUAAUUCAUCACAAUGGUCAUGUUCAUCUUUAUUGAAAGGGAAAUUCUAUGUUUUUGGGAUAUAUUCUUGUUUUAUUACAUGUUUUGAUUUGGACAAAUGUUUGUGGAGCGAGGUUCAGACACUUAGACCACCUGGAAUUUUGUUUUCAUUCUUGGUUUCAUGUCAAGAUUGUUUAGUUUUAGGUGGAUUAUGCAAUUCACCUAAUGGACCAAAUUUUAUACUUUGGAAAGUUGAUGAGAAAACAAUGGAGUUUAGUGAAAUUGCUAUAAUGCCUCAAGAAUUGAUGUAUUAUUUGUUUGAUAGUGAAGAGGAUGACAAAUAUGCUAGUUUAAAAUGUGUGGGAUUAGGGAAUAUUAUUUAUGUGUAUAAUGAAGAACAUCACAAGAAUUACAAUGCUUGUGUUUGUGAAUUUGGAAAUGAGUUUGGGAAGUGUAGUUGGAGGAAAGUGCCUAAUUUGCCAGCAAGUGCUAGUAAAUUUCAUAGAGUGAUUAGCUUUUGUUCAAAUGUUUCCCUUGAUAACAUUCUUCAGGGUGCAAGAAUUUAAGUUUGACAAAUAAGCAUAUAUUUGGUGGAAUAGUCGAUGUGCAAUACAAAUUGAUUGGGUGGAAAAACUCCCGAACAUUGUUGUUACGAAGAAAUAAUAAGUUUCACAAUGUUCUUAUGGGUGCAAAGGAAAUUCUUGAUCUGGGGCA